AUGGCCCACAACUUCUCCCUCUGCCGGACACCCCCGAUACCGCGCAAGAACCCCAAACGAUACGUCCACUCCAAACCAUUGCCGCCGCUGCCUGUCGGCUCGCCCAUCCAGCCAGAGCUUCUGCCCCAGCCGCUGUUCAGCGGCGGGAAGAAGACACGCCCCCAACAGUUACGCGCCCACACCACUGACUCAUCGCCUUCUCCCGUCUCAUCCACGCGCUCUUCCGUCUCGACACCGACGACCUCAUCGUGGAAAUCAUGCCGUUCCUCCAUCGCUAGCGACUACUCUGUUUCCUCCACGCCGGCCACUUCGGUCGCCAACUCGCCCUCUGUUUCGCGCACACAGUCACUGAAGUACCCCUCGGCUAAGCCGCAAACCACGUGGAUAGUCACCCCAGUGACACCAGACCCAGGCCCAAAGCCAUCACUACGGCGGAAGAAGACUCCUAGGAGGGAUACACUGAGGAGUCUGAGAGAACGGGAGAUGGAGAGCCUUUCCGAAGAAGGCGGCUGA